CCAAACAAAGUCGGCGCAAGUGCAGCGCGAGGAGAAAAGAAGAAGAAGAAAAGAAUCGGGAAAGGAAGAGAGCAGUUUCGCCAUGAUCGGGCCAUCGUCGGGCAACGAGCAGACGUCGCAAGCCCCGUCGGCCGACGACAUCGAGCAGCAUCUGCAACAGAAGCGCCGCAUACUCGACGAGCUCGACAUCGACAAGCUCUGCGGCGAGGUUUGCACCGGUCUUCAUCCACACCAUCAUCAUCGACAGCAGCACAAGAGACUUCGACUUCAGCAACAGCAACAGCAACAGCAACAACAACAACAACAGCAGCAGCAGCAUGAAAACCACUACGAUCCCGAAUCAGCGUCAUUUUUACUCGAACACGAUCCCGCAACGGUACUGGAAUUGAGCGGAGCCGCGAUUUACUUCAACGACAGCGAGAACAAUCAACAGCAAGAACAGGGCAUCGACGACGAGUUAUCCUUGACUAGGUUGGAGGUCCUCGUCGUCGAUGGAACGUGGGACGAGGCACUCGAGAGCUUGCAAGCAGCGGGGCCGCAAUCUCUCACGGAAUCCCAGAACGAGCGACACGACGUUCAGAGCUUACAUAACGUCGACUUUGAAAAUUCCUACUGGACUUCGGUCGAGCCAGUGGAACAUUUGCACGAGCAGCAGCAGCAGCAGCAGCAGCAUACAGAAGAAAGUCAGCACGAAGCGACGCAAGAGCGCCAAUCGAGCGCGCUAACGUUAACGCAGCCCGAGAGCAGAGCAAAGACCAUGUCAAAAUGUCUGGAGAGCGCGAGACAGACGCUGCAGCGAAAUCCGGCCAACAAUUUCGUGGCUCAAACGCAUCAGCAGGCCACGACGAAUUUUCCCUCGGUCAAUUACGAGGACCAAGAAAAUGGCAACUUGUCCUGGUUGCUGGACUUUAAGCUCGACUCGUUUAUCGAUCCACCGGAGCACAGGACGACCGACUCUUUCGCUAAGAAUCCUCAAGGCAAGCCGUCGGCAAGAUUCAAUGCUCACAUCGGCGGUGGCAGGACUUUGGGCAACCAAUCGUACUCGCUCGCUGCCGACUCGACUGGCAAGAAAACGUGCAAUAACAACGUCGAAGCUGCGUUGCAAUACGACAGCGUUUCGUUCGUCAGUUCGCAGCAGCAGCAGCAGCAGCAUCAGAGCCAGCUCAACUACGGCAACUCGGCGGACAAUCGAAAUCGUAGUUCGGGCCCGAAAAAGCCUCCGUUCACCUACACCGAGCUCAUCGAACACGCCUUGCAGGAGCGAGGCGAGCUCACCGUUUCGGCCAUUUAUCAGUGGAUCUCAGAACACUUUCCCUACUACAAGAGCAACGACGAUCGCUGGAAAAAUUCGGUGCGGCACAAUCUGUCGAUAAAUCCUCACUUUCGCAAGGGCUCGAAAGCUCCCCACGGCGCAGGCCAUUUGUGGGCGAUCGCCAGUCAGGACGAGUCGAAACCUCGGCAGCUCUUCAACAUCGCCACCAUCAGGCAGGCUCUGGCCAACGAAGAGGCCAACAUCAGAGCAGAGUCCAACGCCUCUAGUACAAAACGGCGCAACUUGAACGAGAGGCCGGAAACUCGAUGCCCCAUCGACGAGGUCGCUGCCGCCACGGCGAGCAUCGCCCAAGCCGUCGAGGAGGAGCCGAUCAUCGACUCGGUCUCCUUGGAGCACUGCGCAGAGCAGAUUCUCAGUGGCAUCAAAAAGGAAGUCGAGGUGCAGUACCUCGUCCCGAUGCCGCUUCCCAACGGCCAAAUACGCCAACAGUGCCAGCCGAGCGUCCUGACGCAAGAGCAGCCCCCCAUCGUCUCGAUGAAAGAGACCGACUUUUUGAAUCCGGUUUCCAAGGAAGUCGUGGCCGAAGAGUGUGGCCUCCUGGGUGGAGGCUACCUCGUCACGGACCUCAAUCCGUCCUCCUUGGGCCUGAAUAUGAGCGAGUCCGAGGUCGUCUCUACGGACAAUUUGUUCGGCGAGGAGCUGAGCUUUCAAUUCUACGAGUUUACUUCGUCGACCCAGAUCCAGUCGGCCUGACAUCAGCAUCGCGAUCAUCAACAAGUCGGAAAUAUUCACGUCAUACUUGUUGAUGAGCCAGCCAAUGCCGACGACUCUGCCGUGGCGUCCGAUCAACCCCAUUAUUGCUCGGAUCCCUCGGCUACUUCUUUUUCAUCGCUACUCGGUGACUUUUCCUACUCAUAGGCGAUCGCGCGGACACCCGCUGCUUCGAUUCGCACAGCGGCCAGUUCGUACGCCUAAGCUCGACUACCAUCUCUUAAGACCGUCUUAAUUAUAUUAUAAUUCUUAGAAUUCUCCUAAUAUUGUAAUGUGUAAUUCGUAUCACGUACCGAGACAAGGUCGAAAAUUCCUGUUUGCUGCAUACAAAUGUCUCAGAGUCAAACUGUACCGAUUUUUUGUUGUAGAAUAAAGUCAUUUUUACUAUAUACUUUUAACCAUUUUUGUAAUCAAGUAUAAUUGGUAUCGACUAUAUUCUACAACAAGACCGCCGCACUCAAUGACUCUGCAACAACUUUUCCACAAAACAUAACAAUAUUAAUUGUAGGCUUUUUCUCUGGGUAUGUGUACUGAUAAGAAUCAUGACUUUCCUAGUCUACGCAGAGUGUAAUCGUGGCCAGUCUCUCUUUUUUAUAUUAGCUGUUAGCAUCGUAAUAUGGUCAGGAAUUGACAUUUUUCCAAUUAUAUUUUCUUUUACACUAGUGUUUUAAUUUUAGUUAAAUGAAUGUUACUCUUAUCAAAAACAAAAACAUUUCUAUUUUAUAAGAAAAAAACUGUGUAUUGUGCUUUUUACCUAGUAUUACUAUCAGAAUGUACGUACUUAUAGAAAUAAAUAUUAGGGAACAUGCUAAACAAAUGAGAAAUUAUAUUUUUCAUGAAGGAAUUCAUUCAAAAUACUUACAAA